CCCCUGCUGGCGGCGCGCGCGAACUGCUCGGGAUGAAGCGCAGCCCUGUGGCAAGUGACAACGGAAAGGCAGCGCGCUCGCAGCACACAAGGGAACCCGCCGCAGGCCGCCGCUGCGAAUUGUGUACAUAAGUUACGGACGGUUCUCUGGCGCCUCGUGAACGUGAGAUCGGCAGCGGGUCGAGGCCACGAAGCGAGCGGCGGCCGUGGAAACGUGCAGCGCAGCGGGCAGCAUCGCGUGAGCGGCAACGCGGCGGCGACAGCGAGCGCUCCUUCUCUCGCGGACCCAGGCUCGACGACUCCACUGGGGAUUUUCAAGCCGACAACACCGCGACGGACCCACUAAUUGCAACGACUCGACUCUUUUGUAAAGCUUUUUGUAAAUGUUUUUCUUUUCCUCCGUGGGUGUGAUAAUAUUUUCUAUCCGGGAGCUGUGCGCACACCUUGUAAAUAACAAUAAUAAAUACAGGUAGCAGUGUGGUAACUAGCUGCCUGUCUGAGCCGAGCAGCUGUUUGUGAAGAUAAAUCCUGUUUAUCGCUGGAUCCGCGACCUACGAUGACACAUCUGGGGUUUACUUGAAGACACUCACACACCCGUUGGAAGGAAACCACUGCAGCUUUUCCCAGCGGACUUGAUGAAACUCCUGGUUUAGUGUGUGUCUGUGAGCGCUGCCCUGCGAGUUUCUGUGUGAUUCCUCCUAAUAUCAUUGCACCAAAGCGUGCUCUGUGGAAAAUGUGAGAGAGCGUGAGGAGCGGAGCGAAAGCAGCUUUCCGCCUGCUGUGGCCUCAGCCUCCUCUGGUCCUCGAAGGAGGAGACCCAGGCUCACGGACAGCACGGGCACCACACGAACAUAGAGAGACGGGGACUGACAGGGGAGCAAAGGUUUGGAGGAGGAGGAGGUUCAAGAGGGGCGGGAACGAGCGGUCCCCAUGGCGACUGACCCGGGAGAGUCCACAGGCACUGAGGACUCCUCAGAAAAACCUGAUGGACGGAGGGAGGAGGACACGGAGCGUCCUCUCCAGCAGAAGGAGAGGACGCAGAGCACCCCCUCAGACUUCCCCACCUCUCAGACUGAGGAGAGGCGGGCGACGCGCGCAGAGGAAGCAGGCGGAGGGGACGCCGCCCAGGACGGCGAGGAGUCGCUCGCCAGGCCUAUCUCCUUCUCCACGCCCUCGCUGCCGACCGACGGCGGCCAGAAGAAGCUGAGGAGGGAGAAGCGCUUCUUCCGCAAGAGCGUGGAGAUCUGCGAGGAGGACGGCGAGGCGGACGUGUUCCCCGAGGCGCCCCACAGCGCCCCCCACGUGGAGCUGCGCGCCUCCGACUCGGUCUUCGGCAUCGGCGCCCAGCAGCAGGGGGCGGCGCCGCCGCGCGCCCCCCCGGGCCCCGGCGCCGCCCAGGAGCCGGGCCGGGACGCGCCCGCGUGUGCGCUCGCCCAGAGGGGCAAGGAGAGGGAGCGCGAGCAGGAGGAGGAGGCGGAGAUGAAGGCGGUGGCCACGUCUCCUGGAGGCAGGUUCCUCAAGUUUGACAUCGAACUGGGCAGAGGGGCCUUUAAGACUGUGUAUAAAGGCCUGGACACCGAGACCUGGGUGGAGGUGGCUUGGUGUGAACUUCAGGACCGGAAGCUCACCAAGGCCGAGCAGCAGCGCUUCAAGGAGGAGGCUGAGAUGCUGAAGGGCCUCCAGCAUCCCAACAUCGUGCGCUUCUACGACUCCUGGGAGUCUGUGCUCCGCGGGAAGAAGUGCAUCGUACUGGUCACCGAGCUCAUGACUUCAGGAACACUCAAAACUUACCUUAAGCGCUUUAAAGUGAUGAAACCCAAGGUGUUGAGGAGCUGGUGUAGACAAAUCCUGAAGGGCCUCCACUUCCUUCACACCAGAACUCCUCCAAUCGUCCACCGGGACCUCAAGUGUGACAACAUCUUCAUAACAGGGCCCACGGGAUCAGUGAAGAUAGGCGACCUUGGGCUGGCCACUCUCAUGAGGACCUCCUUUGCCAAGAGUGUCAUAGGAACGCCGGAAUUCAUGGCUCCAGAGAUGUAUGAGGAGCACUACGACGAGUCUGUGGAUGUUUACGCCUUCGGGAUGUGCAUGCUGGAGAUGGCCACUUCAGAAUACCCCUACUCCGAGUGCCAAAACGCAGCUCAGAUCUACCGGAAAGUCACAAGCGGCAUAAAACCCGCCAGCUUCGACAAAGUGAACGACCCAGAAGUCAAAGAGAUCAUCGAAGGCUGCAUUCGUCAGAACAAGAGCCAGAGGCUCUCCAUCAAAGACCUCCUCAACCAUGCAUUCUUCGGGGAGGACACGGGCGUCAGGGUGGAGCUGGCAGAGGAGGACACAGGCGUGCAGGAUUGUCUGGCCCUCCGGAUUUGGGUUGAAGACCCCAAGAAGCUGAAGGGGAAACACAAAGACAAUGAGGCCAUUGAGUUCAGCUACGACCUGGAGAACGAUAGCGCUGAGGAGGUGGCUCUAGAAAUGGUGAAGUCAGGUUUCUUCCACGAGAGCGACGCCAAGGUGGUGGGAAAAUCCAUCCGGGACAGAGUGAAUCUGAUCAAGAAGUCACGGGAGCGUCGGCAGCAGCAGCAGCAGCUCCUCCAGCAGCAGCAGGGCCUGGAAGAGAGACGAGACUCCACGCUCACCUCGUACGCCUUUUCUCACCCAUCCUGCUCCUCGUCACUGGGACCGGGAGCAGCCGGCCAGACGGGAGGAGGAGGAGGAGGAGGAGGAGGAGGAGGGGGGCAGGAGGCGGAGGAGCUACCUGAGGUCGACCAGCAUGUCAGACAGCAGCAAAUAUUCAGUGGCACAACCCUCAAUCUGCCAGAUUGUGAGAGCGCUGGGUCGGCCAGCUGUGAAUCUCACGCAAGUGGACAGAGCCAGGCGUACUCUCAGCAAGGAGAGUCCCAGAGCGCUCUCCCUCCUGCAGCUGCAACAUCUGCCGCUGCUGCGCUGGCUCAUCCUGCCAUCGGUGAGGCUGGAAGCGUUCCAAAUGUGCCUCUCGCUCAGAGUGUUAGUAUGUCGGGCAUGUCCGUAGGACAAAGCGGAGGGGCACCCGUUCCCCAGAUGUUCCUCCAGCCCAGUCCCAUGGUUCCACAGGUAUCGCCCAGUGUACCUCAACAAUACCUGCAGUCACAAACAUUCCCCACAGACGCCCUUCAAACCGCCACUCCCCAUGGCUCGCUGGCCUCACACACCCCCACAUUCAUUCCCCCUGUUUCCCCACAAGCACCCAUUAAUGUUCUCCCUACACCCAUGUCAGUCAGUGAUCCUGCUGGACUAGCAGGAACCAUUGUGCCCCUGGCUCAUCAGACCCAGCCCCCUGCCAAUCCCAUGCAGCUUACUGACAUCAUUCCCCAGGCAGCACCCCAGCAAACACAGCCUAUAAUGAUCCCUCAGCAGACUAUUGUCCAAACACAACAGAUCGUGAUGGAUCCCCAGACCUCCACCCUUCAGCAGCAGCCACAGCCGCAGAUGGAGGCCCAGGCCGCUCUGCUCCAGCAUCCGCCCCCGAUGGAGCAGCAUCCACAGAGCCUGUCCGCCGCUGUACAGCCGGAGCCCCAGCAGCCCAUCUACGUGCAGCACCCGCUUCCGCCAGUCCAGCCGACCCCUCAGCAGCAGGUGUUAAUCACCCAGCCAGGCAUCGAGCCGCCGGCGGAGCAGCCGCAGACCUACACGCGCCAGCUGACAGCGGAUCCCUGCGAGCAGAGGACGAUACCGCCACAGCAACAGCCUCAGCAAACGCAAACCCUGCUGCAGCAACAGCAGGCGCUGUUCCUGGAGCAGCGUCAGAUGUAUGUGCAGCAGCAGCUCGAUCAGCAGCAGCACAAAGCCCUGCUCCAGCAGCAGCAGCUUCAGCUGGAGCAGCAGCAGGCGCUGCUGCACAAGCAGCUGAUGGAUCAGCAGCAGCAGGCUCUCAUUCAGCAGCAACAUGAGCAGCAGCAAACACAAGCUCUAUUACAGCAGCAGCAGCAGCCACAGGCCCUGUUACAGCAGCAACUGGAGCAACAACAGCCGCCGAGCCAGUUAUACCAGCAACCUGGGAAACACGGCGAACCGGAGAAGCAACAGCAAAGUGGGCAGCAGCAGCAGCAGCAGCAGCAGCAACAGGAGGUCCUACUCCGGCAAAUAGAGCAACAGCAGCAGCAGGCUCUCAUCCAGCAGCAUUUACAGCAGCAGCAGCUGCAGCAGAAGGCCCAGCUACAGCUCCAACAGGAGCAGCAGCACAUGCAGCUCCAGCAGCACAUCGAGCAGCAGCAGCAAGCCCUGCUGAAGCAGCAGCUGGAGCAGCAGCGCCAGCAGCAGGUCCGCCUACAGCAGCAGCAGGCCGAGAUCCUACAGCAGCAGGCCCUGAUACAGCAGCAGAUCCAGGAGCACGCGGCCAUCAUUCACCUCCAGCAGAGUGAAAAGCAAGAGGCCGCCCCCUGCCAGAUUCCAGCCGAUGCGCAGCACGUGCGUGUCCCUCAGCUGAGCGCGCCUCAGUUUAACCAUCACGCCGGCCUCCCGCAGCAGCUGAUAGAGCAGCAACAGCAAGUGCCAUCGAUUCAGCAGCAGGCGUUCGUCGCCCAGACGCAGCAUCACGCCUCUGUUAAUGUCCCCGUGGGAGCUCUGCAGAGCAGCGAUGUCAUUCAGCAUCAAGCUCCACUUGUCCCACAGACCCAGGUCCCACUGGCCGUUCAGACUGCCCAGAUUCCUCUCCCGGCGCCUGCGGUGGUCCCAGCUCAGGUCCUGGCCCAGGGUCCGGUGCCUUCAGGCGUUCAGCCCGUGUCCCAGCCUGUGGUGGCUCCGUCUACAGACCAGUACCAGCAACAGCUGCAGAAGCUUCCUCAAGCACAGCAACCGCUGGCUCCGCUUCCUGUGCAAACCCAGGCAGCGGUGCCGCCCGUGCCAGCUCCCAUCCAGCAGCCGCUCCCUUUGAAGCAGUCGCUGGUCCCACUCGAGGUGCCUCCACAGCGUGCGCCUGUCGCUCACCUGCUGAACCGCCCGCCUGCACUGAUAAGCAACGUGGCCGAGCCCGCGGCCCAGAGCCGGGCCCUGCCUCUCUACGGCCACCUUCUGGGAGAUGCCCCGGCGUCGCCACAGCACCAGGCUCUCGCACACGCCCCGGUCCAACCACCCACACAGGUCCAGAUGCAGGCGCACGCCCAGACGCACCACGAAGCACUGGGCGCCGAACAGGCCGCUGCUUUUCCUGCCCCACAAGUGCCCCUCAGCCCCUCCCACGCCUGCCACCCGCCGGCGCCAUUAUCCCAAACACCUGCUUCUGCCCCUGCUCCAGAGCUGCCCUCAUCUCCGCCAGCUGCCCAGGCUGCCCCAGCAGGGGGGCCCGACCUCAUGCCCGCCUCGCCCCCGCCUGUAACUCCUCUACAAGCGCUUGAUUCUAACGCUCCCAAACUGCCCCAAGCUUCGCUGCAAGACUGUGACCUUACCCUGCUGGGCAUUGCUCAGGAUGGUCCAUACCUGUCAAGUACAGAACAUCACUCUUCUUCAGGGUCUGUUCCUGCUAAUGGCGAGGACACUCUCCAGCUCUUAAUAAAUGGAAAACUAGAGAAAUUAAAAUCUCAAAGAAGAGCCUCCUGUCAGAAGUCUGAGAAGGUUUCACAUCAGUUUCAGCUCAGCAUGCUCCAGGUGUCCAGCAGUGGGGAGAACAUGGUGGAAUGCCAGUUAGAGACCCACAGCAACAAGAUGGUGACAUUUAAGUUUGACAUAGAUGGAGAUGCCCCUGAGGACAUAGCAGAAUACAUGGUGGAGGAGGACUUUGUGCUUGAUGUAGAGAAAGAGAAAUUUGUUGAAGAGCUCAGAGCAACUGUUAAAAAGGCCCAUGAAAUCCUCCAAACUCAUUCACAGGUAAAUCUGAGGUCUGCCCAUCAGUCCCAUGUGUUUGAUGAGAGAGGUUCAUGUUUAUCCCUCUGUUUCUGUUAGACGGGAUCGACUGAUCAGCUUCACGUGAGCACCCCCACUAGCUCAGCAACAGACGCAGUGCCUCAUUCCUCCCCAGUGGGACGCUGGCGCUUCUUUAUCAACCAGACCAUCCGCCAUAAGGACUCUUUCUCCAGCCAGGGAGCGGCUACACCGCCCCCCACUGGGGAGGUGAAGGUACCGCAGUCUCCAGAAACAAAGCAAGAAAGUGACACGUCUGUGAGUCUGGACUCCUUCCCUGGUAUGUCCUCCCCGCCGGUGCUUUCUGCCUCCUCGCCUCCAGUCGCCGCUGGGUCGGGACCUGCUGCCCCCGUUCCCCCAGCCGCGGCUUCCCUUCAGGCCGCUGCCUCCGAUAGCGUCUCUGGACCCGCUCCCACCCUCGACACGUGCGCUUCUGUCACUGCUGCAGGCGCAUUUAAACUGCCUGCGCCCACUUCGGCUCCCGCUGACCUCCCCGCGUUGUCCACUGCUCCUCCCGUUGUUCCUCCCGCGGUCCAUCUCGAGGCCCUCGCUUCGCCUGGGAAAAGAGCUGCUGUGGAUCAGUCCUCGACGUUGUCAUCAUCUCAGCAGCAGCAGACACUCACCCAGGUGGCACAACCAGCCCCACAACUACAGCCGCAGCUACAGCCGCAGGCCUCGGCGCCUCAGCAGCCGCAGACGCAGACGGCCCAGCUCGAGCUGCAGCCGAAGCAGCCGCCUCAGCAUCCAGCGUGUCAAGAACAGCGGGCGAAGGAGCUGGCGCUGCAUCAGUCGCUGCAUCAGUCCCUGCAGCAGCUACCCGAGGUUCCGGCGCUGCCUCUGCCGGGUCACGUGGAGCUGUUACCACAGCCUCUGCAACCGUUUCUGUCAGCAGUGCCUCUACAGCCCCCGCUUCUUCAGCAGCAGACCCCGUUCACCCAACAGUUAAUGCCACAGCCGCAACUGCAGCAGAUGCCCCAGCAGGGCCUCGUGCCCCAAAUGGCCGCGGUGGCGCAACAGCAGGCCCAUCUGGAUCACCUGCAGCAGCAACAGUUGAACCUGCACAGCAUCCACUUACAGCAGCAGCAGCAGCUGCACAUGGGAGCGGCGACUUUAAAGUCAGAUCAGAGCCAAAUGCUGCCGCUGUCCAUCAGUCAGCAGUUUCUUCAGCAGCAGAUGAAUAUUUGCCCUGUGCCCCAGCAGCAGGUUCCACUGCAGGCACAGGUCCCUGCUGACCUGGCUCCACAACAUGUGCAGCCGCAGCUGCAGCAGGCUGAGCAGCAGGGGGCGGUGAAAGCCCUGGACGCCGCCCCCAAGCAGCAGAUGCUUCCCCUGACGAAGCAGGCGUCUCUACAGAUGUCCGAGUCAGAGGUGUCCACGGGAGAAGCGAGCGUCACCGAGGACACGGGCAGCUUCUCGGCGCCCCCCCACCCGUCCUCCGACUCCUCGCUGCCCCCCCUCCAGGCGGGCCCGGCGGAGGCCUCCGUGCCCCCGCUCUCCCUCACCAUGACCCCGUCCCCCGCUCAGCCGUCCUCCGUGGCUGAGUCCGACAGCGAAGGCCCACCCAAAAUAGAAUUUGUCGACAACCGGAUAAAGACGCUGGACGAGAAGCUGAGGAACUUGUUGUAUCAGGAGUACAGCGGCGGCGGGGCCUCGGCCGGCGGAGCUGGUGCCGCGUCCGCUGCCUUCCCAGCAGCCGGAGGAGAUGACUCGUCGGAGCCACAGUCGCUCCACAAGUCUUUCCCCCCUCCCGCCUCCUCCUCAGACACCUCCCCCCACUCCUCCUCCUCCACUACCUCCUCCACCUCCUCCCGCUCCUCCUCCACCUCCCCUGAGCCGGACAUGGAUGCAGGGGGAGGGGCUUCCUCAGAGCUGGGUCCGGUGGGGCUCCACCCAUGUCUCCCCUCUGCUUCCACUUCAUCAACCCCACCCACGUCUCUGCUGCCCCCCAACCCGGAUGAUGCUGCCGGGCCCCGACGCCCACCUGUGCCAGGAGAACCAACAAUUCUUGCUGUUCCCCCACACGCUGACUCCACUGGAGAUGCCUCGUGGCCCAGUCAGCAUCCGAUCCCCCUCCGGCACGGACAGCACCAUCACAAUGCAGGAGGUGGAUAUUUUGGCCUAAACCUGACAUGUCCUAGUAUCAGAAAUCCUGUUAGCAAGAAAUCCUGGACUCGCAAAUUCAAAAACUGGGCGUGCAAACUGCGCCACUCCGCCAGCUUGUUCAAGAAGCCCAGAGUUCAGCAAGGACGUUCCAGCAGUCAGGCUGUCCAGGAGGAGAACGAGCCACCGCCUCCAAAUCUGAGUCAGUCGCGCAAAGGACGCUUUCAGGUGACGCCGGUGCCUCAGACAUCGCCCCCCAAGGCUGUGCAGUCAGGCCACAGCAACUCUCACAGGAAAGUGGGACGCUUCUCUGUCACACAGGCUGAGGCGAAGAAGGACGACGCGCAGAGCGACAGCUCCCCGGUGUCGCCGGACCUGCAGAGGGAGAGGAGGAGAUCUCGGCCGAAAGACGGGGAAAAGGAAGACAGUAGGAGGACCCCGUCGCUGGCCCACCUGCCGCGGGGUCACGGGUUCAGCCACUCACCCCUGUGCAGCAGCGACGAUGAUGACAAUGAGAGCGAGCUGGAGGAUGAAAACCUGAGGAAAGAACUACACAAGCUCAGAGAGAAGCACAUUAAGGAGGUGGUAUCUCUUCAGGCCCAACAGAACAAGGAGCUGCAGGAGCUGUACAGGCAGCUGCGGUCCCUCAAAGACCAAAGGCAGAGUCUGCCCGCGUCUCUGACCCGAACCCCCCCACUCUCCACGGCGCCCGCUGCUCUGUCUCCUCGCAGGCCCAGACCAGCCAAAGCCAAGCUUCGGCCCCGUCCCCACUCCCACAUGGACAACAACGGAGUGACGCACUCUGACAACAGUCCUCUACGAAAAAGCACAUUCACAGAUGAACUACACAAACUUGUUGAUAAUUGGACCAAGGAGCCAGUGGGCCCUGCUCUGCAAAAGCCUUCACUGAACCAGAUUAAGCAGAUUCAACAGGUGCAGGAGCUGGGAGGCUGGAGCCAGUCCGCUGAGGUUGCUCCUCCAGGAUGGUUUCCCGUGGUUCCACUGAACCCCCAGAAAACUCCCACCCCCACCAGCUUGCCUGUGACAGCUUCUUCGCAUUACACGGGUGGGGGGAGCCUGUCCACCCUGCACUCGCCCGGACCUCCACCACAAACGCACAUGGCUCAAGUGCCACAGCUGCAGCAGAGUUUACACGGCCAUCAGCCUCUUCCCCUCCAGCAGAUGACCUUUCAGCAGUCCCCGCUCCGCCAGCAGGUCCCACAGCCCCGGAUGCAAUCUCCCAUCCAGUCCCAGUCUGUACCACAAACACAGCCCGUUGCCCAGCCGCCACACCCGCAACCUCACAGCCAGCCGCUGCUGUCUUCCCAAAUAACAGCGUCCUCACUUCCCGUGGCUACAUCGCUUCUGCCUGGAAGCGGCAGCAUUGCGCUCACAGAUAGCGCUGCUGCUGCUGCUGCUGCUGCUGCGGGGACGUUUUGCUCCUGCUCCUCAUCCACGUCAACCUGUUCCUCCUCCUGCUCUGCUGCUGCUCUACCUUCCAGUGCCAAAAUUCACCCAGCACCUCCCACCUCUGCUCUUCCUCUGGGACAGAAAUAAACCUAAGGCUAAGUGUAAGGUAUAUGAAGGUGCAAACGAUGGAAAUAAUGAGUGGUUGGAAGUAAAGCAGACGGUUAGCCCUGUGUAUGUAUGCAUGAGUGAGUUGUGCUUGCAAUGAAUAUGUGGAUUCAUUGCAAGCAACAGGAGGGAUUUAUGAAUCAUGUUAUGUUUGGGUGUUGAGAUGUAUCAUUUCUUUCAUGUAUGAGCGUGUGCAUUUAUGACAGUGUGUGAGUGUUGAGAAUUUUUGGACUGCAUAUUCCGUAGGUCCUUAAACACAAAAUGACAUUCAUGUUGUUUUCAGACCAACCUUGUUGGGGCUAAACUCUCCCUAAUCUGAACACAAAGGACAAAAUAUCUGACUGUUUUUGUUUUAUUUCAGUUUGUCAAGGCCUACAGUAAAAGGGUUAUUAAUUUUAAAAGUGCAAUUAGCAAUGGUCAUCUAAACUGAUCAGCAUGUAUUAAUCGAACUAUGUCUGUAAGACAUAAAAUAUUUUUGUAGGAUCACUAAUGAAAACCAGAUGCAUAGUUGAUUUUUUGUGGUCUUUUCAAACUUGCAGGUUCACAACAAAAGGCUUCUAACAGUUUAAACAACAGCAUGUAACACAUUAGAUCUGUUUCCCACUGCUACUACAACACAGCCCAACAUGUGCUUUGUAACGUUUUCUCUUUGGAAUCUAGAAAGUGUCUGGAUUACUAAAAGCGAAGUGAUAUAUAAUUUCAAUUUCAAUUUUUAAUAUGGUGGUAAAAAUUGAAAUAUUGUUUGACAACUAUGUAAAUUGGAUACUUACACUCAAGACUGCAUGAAAAUAUCACUAACUUGACCUGCCUGAGUGAAAACUGCUUGCACUCGAUGUACGUUCAUUUACUAGCAGCCUACUACUGAGAUACUUUAUGGCUUAUGAGUACAUUUGCUUUCAGUAUGACAUGCUUUCAUAUUUGACAAUAGAGCUUUUAGUUUGAGUGCUGCAUAUCAAGGUAUAACACAGCGCUGAGGAGGAAGAUGAAAAAGAAAAACUGCCAAUUGCUAUAGAAUGGGAGACUACAUGGGUUAUUUCCAUAUUGCCUUUUAAAAUUACUGCAUUGUUGUAAGUGUGUAGGUAUAUAAUUUUUCUGUGUGACAAAGCUUGGUGAUAACUCCAUGGUAUACUGCAUUAUAAUUGCAUCCCUGUUUCAUCAGCGUUGAGAUUCAAAGCAGCCUCUUAAACGUCACUGUAUCAAACAAGUGUUUACUCUGCUUAAAACCUGUUUCCUUAAAAAGAAAACAGUGUAAACUUAGACCAAGUUUCAUGCCCAGCUUUGAGAUCCUUAUUUGCUUUAUUUUCGUCAGCUCUGUUUGGCCUUUUAAAAUUAUGCUUAAUUUUGUCUUCAACCACAGGCUGUAAGUUUGGAUGCAUCCUGUAGGAGCUGAUCAAUGGGCCAUAACCAGGCUUUAUGUUUACUGCUAAAGGUUCACUGAAGUCAAAACUGUUCCUGUUCUUCUGAUUUUAUUGGGUUAACAGUACACUAAACCAUACACACAUUUGAGGGUUAAUCUUUGUUUGCAUAACAAUUAGCAUGUAGUAAAUGCAGCAUUUCCGUUUUAUUGAUGAUUAAAAAAGAUUGUGUGCCACAGAAAACAAACAGGAGAUUGUACAGGUUGUUUAUGACUGAUACAUAUGGGUCAAAUAAAAUUCUAAACAUGAGUGGUUGAGAACCAUUUUGUGCUAAAGGGUAUGGUUGUUCAGAAUCCACAAUUGCAUAAUCUACAGUGUAACAGUGGUUUUCUGUAUUUGUUGCUUUUCAAAACAACCCACAUUUUCACAGAGACGUAGUUCAUUAUUAGUGAAGGUGAGAUACAUGUGCUGUCAUGUCUGAUACUAACAUGUUGCCCACAAGGUACAGCUUAAUGAUCAUAAUUCAUGGUGUGGGGCUGACUUUGUUCUUGAAGUGUUACCAAAAUGUUAUCUAAAAUAUAAAGAUUAUUUUUGUAUUCUGAAAUGGGGGUGUACAAAUUGUAAAAUUGUGUUCUCAUUAUUAUAAAUCAGAGGUUAUUUGAAACUAGAAAACACAGGUAUUCAUCCCUGUUUACAUGGGACUCCCCUGCUUUAAUAUACCUCUGAUUCCUGACAGGUCUGGGUCAUUUAAGAUUAGAGUUCAUUUGUAAGUAAUUUUUAAUCAUUUUUCAAAUUUAAUUUAAGUUUUUAAGAAUGAAAUCCUGGUUGAUACCUUAAAGACUAACAGAAGCUUUCACACUGGGCUGCAAGUGAAAUUUAAUAAACUUAACAUAAUUGCAAGACAAUUUGGGGGAGUCCCAAAACGGCGCGAGCGGGAACCAAGGAUAAAAGGGCCUAUUGGCAAAAUAAAAAGCAAAGGAAAAGUUUGUAAUUGGUGGUUUAGCCUCUGUAAAUUGUAACUAAUUCAACUGUUGAUUUUAUUUAUGUUUUGUAACUAAUCAAAAUAAAUAAUGUCAAACAUUUA